CAGGCUGCGGCUCCUCCAGCCUAACACACUGCAUCCCGUUUUAUGGGGAUCCUCUCAUGGCUCCUUACAAGUGAACACAGAGGGAUUUCACAUGCAGUAAUCCGGACCACAGGGAUGACUGAACGAAUCCCGGCGGCUCUGUUUCAGUAAGAGACGCAGUCACGCAACUGUCCUCCUCCAGGGACGACAUGAUGUCUGCAAUAGAGACCGGCUUGUACCAACCCGCUCAGCUGCUCAGCUGGGUGUACAUGUCCUUGCAGGACGCACCGGGCAGCGCUGUCGAUGGCGUUAAGGUCGAGUCGGACUCCUCCGCUCGGGACGGGACGGAGCGCAUCGCGGCUGAUCUGAGCUCCAACUAUCUCAGCAACUUCUUCCAUCUGAACACUGAGGCUUUGACUAAAAGUUUCUACAAAGGCUCCUCUCCAUACGGGUCCUUCAGUAACAUCGUUGACGGUCUGAACUCUCUGGCAGACCACUUCUCAGAUCUCUCCCUGUCCCCUGAGACGCACAAACCCAGCAAAAGGCCACCGCCCAACUACUUGUGCCACCUAUGCUUCAACAAAGGACACUACAUCAAAGACUGCCCUCAGGCUCGACCCAAAGGUGAAGGCCUGACCCCAUACCAGGGAAAGAAGAGAUGCUUCGGGGAAUAUAAAUGCCCUAAAUGCAAGAGGAAGUGGAUGAGCGGCAACUCCUGGGCCAACAUGGGACAGGAGUGUAUCAAGUGCCACAUCAACGUUUACCCUCACAAGCAGAGACCUCUGGAGAAACCAGAUGGGUUGGACGUGUCAGACCAGAGCAAAGAACAUCCCCAGCACCUGUGUGAAAAAUGCAAAGUACUCGGCUACUACUGCCGCCGCGUGCAGUAGGAUGCUCUGCCUCUCCUUGCUGAGCGCAGACUCCUUCAAAACAUUCACCGUUCCAUAUUUUACCAUUUAAAACAAGUAAUAAUGAAUCAUUUCUGUACUGUAAUGAAUCUAACAUAAGUGUCAUGAAAUAGGUUUUCUGAAAAAUUCAUCUCAGUGGAUUGAGAUGCGUUCUUUUAGGUGACUGUUAUCUUCAUGUGUAAUCUCAUCUAUUACCAAAGAACUGAAUUACUGUGAAUUUCAAACAAGAUUAUCUGUCUGUUUCUACAUGACAGAAUAGAGUUUCAGAUCAAAAAGUCUUAUACAUGUUUGUAUAUUUCCAAACUAAUUCACUGUAAAUGUAAUCAUGUUUUCUGUAUAAAAUAUGCAAGUCUUUACUAAGAUGUGUAUGCAGUAUUAAUGCGUUUCUGCUGUUCUCAGUACUGGUGGGUACAUCUUUUUUAUGUUUUGCUGCGUAUUACACAUUUGAGAUGAAUAUAUUUGACUGUACCGUCAAGUCUUACUGUGAUUGUUAGGAACACACUGGCUUGGUGUUUCAGAAUGAUAUACUUUAUUAACAUAGGAAGCUAUAAUGGAUAUAUAGAAGACACAGAGCUCGGAAGACUCACCAAAGUGCCCUUAAGGAUGUAAGAUGGUACUUGUCGCUUGGGACCAAAAAAGGGAUAAAAACCUGAAAUGCAGCAGAUGUUGUGAGGCAAUAAUCACACAUUUUACAGAAAUUAUAAAACAAAUAUGUGAAGUUCAAAAUAAUGUGCCUUAUUUGAAUAACAAUAAACAAAUCCCUUGAGUAUUCUGACAGUGAAA